AGCCCUUCGUUGCGCUCCCUCUGGCAGCUCCAUGCCUCUCGAGAGGGGCGAUGUGCAGGGCCCCCCAGCUGAUGUUGCCCUUCCCCAGGGCCAAGCUCUGCGCGCUGCCCUGUACCGCUUCCGCUGCCCGCUCUGCCAGGACAUGCAGACCUUCCAGGCAGAGAUGUACCGCCUCGGCAUCAAAAUCCCUGACAGGGAUGCAGCCUGGGAAGAGGAUGGAGCCUUUGAAGACCUCUUGCAGAGGCACAGCUCCUGCGAUGCCAGCCUGUGCCUGUGCCCCCAGGGACGGGAGCAGUCGGAGGACGUGGGGCCCUGGAGGCUGCUGCUCUGCAGCUCCUGCGGUUCCUCUGGGACCCACCAGCUCUGCUCCGCCAUCGGAGAAGACACCGAGAACUGGGAGUGCAGCGGCUGCAGUGGUGUGGGCACCGCCCCUUCAGGAUCAGCCCCGGUGUAGUGAACCCUGCACAGCACCCCAGCUCCUGGCACUUCGGCUCCAGCACAUGAGGCUGCGACGCUCCAGGGACACCCCGACGCCCAGCUGCCUGCACAGCCCACAGGAAGCCCCUCGGCCACUCCAGCCUCCCAGCCGCUGAACAACAGCAAUGCAGGAUGUCCCUACUGAAGGGAGAAAACACCACGGGAGAGUUUGCUGAUGUGCCGGAGCUCUGCAGGGCGCAGCAUCCACACUGCCCUGACUCUCCUGCCUGCCCUUCGCUGCUGAGCUGCUGCUGCUUCGGCAAGAGUCAGUGGUGGGAGCCCAGCCCAGACGCCAGCAUCACCCCGUGGGGACGUGCUGAGAUCAGGGCUGGCAGCGGGGGAGCCAAGCGCAGCCCAGGGGUGGGGAAGGACCACGGAAGAUGCCACGGGCAACCGCUGGAAACCGAGGCUUUUGACAGUACAAGUUGUUUAUUUUGGCAUCAGAACUCCUGACUCCCUAAUGGAGCGCUGCAUGUAAUCCAGGGACAGGAGUUUGUGAAGUCAUGGGGUGAGUGGGCUCCGACCCCAAAGCCAUGGCGACCUGGUGCCUUCAUCCCCUCCUUCCAGCUGAGACAGACGUUGGCCAGGAUGCUGAGCUCAGCACGGCACAAGCUGUGCACUGCUAGCUCACUGCCAGCCACGGGGGUGGGAGUGGCAUGGACCGUGGCUUUGCCAGAAAUACCAUUUCUCAAGCGGCCCCAUGGCAAGGUUACAGAGUUGGCUCCAAAACAGUGUCUUGCGCGCACAUUCACCUCCACUGGUAACAGUGGAUCUUUGGAUUGGUGGCAUCGGAAUGAGGUUGCGUUGUCUUGAAGGCAGUGGGGAUGUCCCUUUUGUCCUUUCUGAUGUCACAAGCUGCAGCCUCAGGCUGGAAAGAUCUCCCUUAACAUAUCUGAACACGUAUUCAAAUCUAGUAUCCUCGAUGACAGGAUGAAACUGCCCCCAAAAUCUCAACCCGGGACAUGGGGCGAGCAGGUUUUAGCUGCUCAGGGAACUGGUUAGUGAGGUCCCCUGGGAAACUGCGUUUUGAAGACGUGGGAAUCCAUUACUGCUGGCCAUGAGUGGGAGGACCACGACUGAGGUAAUGAUCAGCUCUCAGCAUUGUCUUCCCCAUGCUGAACAGGCCCAGCUCUCUCAGCCUUCCCUCGCUGCAGCGAUGUUCCCAGCCCGACAUCAAAUCCGCAGCCCUUCGUUACGCUCCCUCUGGCAGCUCCGUGCCUUUCUAGGGCUGGGAAGUGCAGAAUCACGCUCAGCACUGCAGAUGUGGUGAGGAUGCCAUCAUCACCCCAUGGGGAUGUGCUGAGGUCAGGGCUGGCCCCGGGGAGCU